AUGUUCAGUCUCCUGUGGAUCGUGGUGAUGGUCGUCUAUUGUAUGGAGUGUGUGUUGGCUCUCUCGUUAAACUCCUGCAUUGUACUUGUGAACGGGAAGAGUCUGUACAAUGGGACAAAGAAGAACCCUUCAUCUGUCAUCCAGCUCAUCAUGGGGCUCAUUAAUAUCACCCUGCGUGGUUUGUUGUUCAUACAGUUCACUGCUAUGUCCUUCCCCAAUUUUCGCUUUGAGGGAAUAUAUCAAGUAGCAUCAAUUUUUCUACCAUUUCAAAUGUAUUUCAGCAGCUGGCUGAUAUCUUGGCUGUGUGCCUAUUACUGCAUCCGCAUUGUUCACUUCACCCACCAAGUCUUUAUUUGGGUUAGGAGGACCCUCUCCUCUUGGCUUCCAUGGGGACUCGUACUAUCCGGAGUUGGCUCCAUCGCACUUGGUAUCGUGAACAUCUGGGCUGUUAAAAUGGCGACAAUGUAUUACAACAGUACACUCCUUGUUACCAGUUAUAUGGAAGCCAAACCUUUAAGUCUCGCAUUCACAGCAAUGUCCAUCUUCUUGGGCUUCUGCCUCCCGUUUAUUAUCAGUUCCGUCUCCCUGCUGACCACAGCGGUUUCUCUGUUUAGACACAUCUGGAAUAUGAAGCACCAAGAUUCUGGAUUCUCUCCCGCACAGGUCCAAGUCCAUGUCAAUGCCAUCCGAACAAUGAUCCUCUUACUUCUAUUGGAUGUCUUCUUCUGCAUAUCUGAAAUGACUGUGUACUAUCUCAUGUCAGUUAUCUGCUGGAUUGUAGUAACUGUCUUCCCGACACUGGAAGCCGCCAUCAUUAUCCAGUCCAGCCCGACACUGAGUAAGGUGGUUCUGGGGAGACUCUGCACAGGAAGAGCAGUGGAAACUGACCGUUGA